AUGACAGCGCUGCGCCGCAUCCAGAAGGAACUAACCGACAUCACAAGUAAGCCCCUUGAGGGCUUGACCGUCGAGCCGCUCGAGGACAACUUAUUCGAGUGGAAAUGCGCAAUUAGGGCUUCUCCGGACAGCCCGUACAAGGGCGGCACGUACCAUUUUACUCUAACAUUACCAGAGAGUUUCCCUUUCAAGGCGCCUUCGGUGUGCUCUCCCUAUUCUUGUCAGAAUCUCGACCUUCGUGCUCAUCGGGUAUCGUGUGUGGCGUAUCCGCGCUUGGUGCACCACAUGUACGUGACACAGGUGACAUUCAACACUAAGAUCUACCACCCCGGAAUCAACGAGGAGGGGCACAUAUGCGUUCCUGUCCUGCGAGACCAGUGGAAGCCCUCGGUGACUUUGUCCUCAGUCCUCGCUAUUAUUCAGGAGAAAAUCAACAAUCCCAGUCCAGACGACCCCUUUGAACCCGAAAUUGCGGCGCAAAUGAAGGAUGAUCAUGGGAAAUUCUUAGCGACCGCUAAGGAGUGGACAAAGAAGUGA